GCCCGCCCUCGCCGAAGCCCUUCCGCGGCCCGCGACCCGCCGGACCCCCCACCUCCCCCCGGGCUCGACCCCAGCCGCCCGCGCAAGAUGUCGGCGCGGACGCCAUUGCCCACGGUGAACGAGCGGGACACAGAGAACCAUACUUCUGUAGAUGGAUAUACUGAAGCACACAUCCAGCCUACCAAGUCAAGUAGCAGACAGAACAUUCCUCGGUGUAGAAACUCCAUUACAUCAGCAACAGAUGAACAGCCUCACAUUGGAAAUUACCGCUUACAGAAAACAAUAGGGAAGGGAAAUUUUGCCAAAGUGAAAUUGGCAAGACAUGUUCUAACAGGUAGAGAGGUAGCUGUGAAAAUAAUAGACAAAACUCAGCUAAACCCUACCAGUCUACAAAAGUUGUUUCGAGAAGUACGAAUAAUGAAGAUACUGAACCAUCCUAACAUAGUGAAACUGUUUGAAGUGAUUGAAACAGAGAAGACACUGUACUUAGUCAUGGAAUACGCGAGUGGGGGUGAAGUAUUUGAUUACUUAGUUGCCCACGGAAGAAUGAAAGAGAAAGAGGCCCGUGCAAAAUUUAGGCAGAUUGUAUCUGCUGUACAGUAUUGUCAUCAGAAAUGUAUUGUUCACCGUGAUCUUAAGGUAAGCUGCUACUUUGAAAAUUAAAAUCUUAAUUAUGAAAGUAUGUAAUAAUAAGGGAGCUAGAGAGAUGGCAUGAUGAAUAAGAUUACUUGCUUUGCAAGCAUGAGGAUCUGAUUAUAAAUCCCCAGCACAUACUUAAUACAACGUGCUAGGGCUGUGCAUGCCUAUAACUCCAGCAUUUGGAGGCAGAAGCUGGUGGUAGGUCCUGGGAGCUCACUGGCCAGCCAGCCUAGCUGAAAACACCAAAGUCAGGUUCAGUGAGUGAUUCUGUCUUAAGAGAAUGAAGCAGAAGGUGAUACGGAGGGCACUAGGCGUUCUCCUCUGGACUCCACCCAUAGCGCCAUGCACACCCUUAAAAUUUAUCAUAGUAAAUUAGGGCCACCUCUUCAGUUACCCAGCAUUUCAGGCACAGAAUGUGGUGGUUUUAUAGAAUUGUCACCAUAGCUUAUGAAAGGCACUGUGUUCACCAGCACUUGAAAAUGUGGACAUGACAUUGUCUAAUGCCAAAGUUAGAAGACUUGACUGUUAACUAGCAUACUUUAAAUAGAUAAAUUUGGAAUUCUGUCCUCACCUGAAAAUGUCCAAGGGCUCAUCUAGACAGAAGUAAUGGCAAAGCACAAGUCACAAAUAUAUGUUUGCUCCACGUAAGAACCAGGGUCUUUUCUCAGCACCAAAGUUCAAAAUGAGAAGAGUGUUUAAUGUGUUCAUGUGUCAGUUAGCUUUCUGUCAGCCUGACACAAGCCAGAGUCUUUUGGGAAGAGGGAUGCUCAGUUGAGAAAUGUCUCCGUGAGACUGGGUUGUAGGCAAGCCUGGGGGCCUUUUCUUGAGGAACGGUUGA